AUGCUUUACCCAGUCGUCACAUUUGCCCUCGCUUGUCUUGUUCUUGCUGAGGCUGCACCGGCUCAUCACAGCACUUUAGCAUCGAGUGCAUCUGCAGCAUCUACACUAGUACCUGAUGCCAAUAGCCAUACUGACACCUUAAUUCCUUGGUCUACUAUUGAUAGUAUUAUCAUAGAAGACAUUCCUAUUGUCCCUAUGCAAGAGAUAGAUCCCGCAAUUUUUGUCCCAAAUCACGCCGUAGAUCGUGUCUUGUACAGACACCAAAGAAUCAACAAGAUCCAAGGAACCCCCAUUUCAGAGCCAUCGCAUCAAAGAGUUUCGGAUUACAUUACCAAUCCAGAGAUCAUGGUACCCGUUCCAGAAUACUUGAUCGAAAAACGAGUUGGUACUGCUGAAAUAAAAUCUGCCGAUUCACAAGAAAAACACAAAACUUCGAUAAAAAGUAUGGUCGCAGGUCUAUUUGAUGACAUUCUUGAAGAUGAAGAAGAUGAACUUUUAGAGGAACUCGAAAAAGACCACGAUCACACCAGGAUUUUUGUGGGAAUGGACGACAAGGGUAACAGGAAUAGAGUCAGGGUACCAGUGCCAGACUUUUUUGAUGAAGAUGAAGAUGAAGAUCGCUAUGAAUAUGAAUACGAAUACGAAUAUCGAGAUCAAGAUCAAAAUGCAGACCAGGAAAGAGUCAAAGAUCAAGACAAAGACUUUGGCAGAUCAUUUGUUAGAGUAAAUGACGGAAGUUCAGCCAAGAUCAAUCAGUCAAAGACCAGCGGAAACGGCCAUCGUGUGGAACACACAGUAUAUGUGUCUAAUAAAGGUGGAUCCAAAGCAGGUCAGGACACUGUAUUAUCCAUGAAUGAUCGGGGACAGGUCAUUAGAAUGACAAUCCCGCAUGGCGAUACUGUGCGUGAUAUAGUAAAAACAUCGGAUAUGCCUUUGAUAGAUGUUAUGGAUGACAUCAACGGCAAUGUGCUUCUCUUCUAA